AAAUUUCAUAAAACACACACAGAACUCAACUUCAUGUCUGCAUCUCGUAGUGUAUGAAGAGCUCUCAAUGCCAUGGCUAUGAUGAAGGUGAGGCCGUCAAAAAUAUGUGGCAAAAUCUUCGAGAUACCUAUCGCAGGGAAUAUAUGAACAUUUUGUCAACCGUUUCUAACGCAGAAGUUCCUGUUUCUGAGCUAUGAUCGCUCUUAAAUAAUACUUUAGCACCAAGGAGAGUCGUGAGUAACGUUUCUCAAACACAAACAAAGGUAUACUCUAAAUCUCCAACAACACAAGAUGAAAUUUCCAAUUCUGAAUCCGAUUCAAAUAUAGAAUAUGAGGACGUUUCCCAAGUAGAAUCUGAUAGAACAUCACGUUCUCAUACAACAACAAAACAUGUUGGGACUGCAUCUAAUACUACAGAAAAGGAGAUAUGUGCCACAUCAUUUGAAACGCCGAAUAACUUCCAAAAAGAAAAGACGACUUCAGAAAGAUUCAAUAGGUCAACUAACUGAAAUUGAAAGGAAAAAAAUUGCCCACUUGGAAGGAAUCGCUUCCCAGCAGAGCACAAACAUUCAAAAAGACGAGGACUAUUUUUUUCUAAUGAAUUUGCUACCGCAUUUAUGCCUCACUCCAGAAAAUCGCAAGCUACAAACUCGUAUUAAAAUGCAGCAAUUGGUAAUAGAAGAACAAGAAGUAUGCAGUCGGAGAUCAGUCGGCCUGUCUACUUGCCUUCCUCCAGCUCCAUCGCCUACAAGAAGAUGGACACAAGAAGCCAAUAGUCACGAUUCACUUUUAGUACCAAAAGCAUCCACACAAGAUCAUCAAACUUACCAAGAACUACACACAAUGGGAACUAAUAAUUAAUAUACCUUUUCUUCUUUAAAUGAAUUUGUACGCUUCCUUCAAGAUAAGUAAAUACUAUUUAGUUUCCAUUUUUAUCAUGUACAUGUUCCUGUAGUCUUGCCGCAAAUACAAAUGGACGAAGAGAUCUUCUAGAAAAUUCGUACCGCCAUUCAACACGUUAACUGUCCAAACAUAUUCUCUGGAUUCCA